CUAGAAAUGUGGAUCUGGAAGAUGGUGGGUGCACUGAAGUCCCGACAGUCUGAGCCUGUGAACGUGGGGUUAGUGGACUGGAUCUCCCUGGCGUACCAACACUACGCCAUUGCCGUUCGAAACACCCGUGUUGUGGGCCAGGAGGUGGCUGCUCUUCUCCUAUGGCUGGAGGAAUCUGUGAAGUUUUCUCGGAGCAAAGUUCACCUAAUCGGGUACAGCCUGGGAGCGCAUGUCUCAGGAUUCGCAGGCAGCUCCAUGGGCGGGAAGAACAAGAUUGGAAGAAUCACAGGGCUGGACCCUGCGGGCCCUAUGUUUGAGGGAACUUCCCCCAACGAGCGCCUUUCUCCAGAUGACGCCAAGUUUGUGGACGCCAUUCACACCUUUACCAGGGAGCACAUGGGCCUGAGCGUGGGCAUCAAGCAGCCUGUCGCCCACUAUGACUUCUACCCCAACGGGGGGUCUUUCCAGCCUGGCUGCCACUUCCUGGAGCUCUACAAACACAUCGCAGAGCAUGGCUUAAAUGCCAUAACCCAGACCAUCAAAUGUGCUCAUGAGCGCUCCGUGCACCUUUUCAUUGACUCCUUGCAACACAGAGACCUGCAGAGCACAGGCUUCCAGUGCAGCGACAUGGACAGCUUCAGCCAGGGUCUAUGUCUCAACUGCAAGAAGGGCCGUUGCAACACCCUGGGCUAUGACAUCCGCAGGGAUCAGUCAGGCAAGAGCAAGAGGCUCUUCCUCAUCACCAGAGCCCAGUCUCCCUUCAAAGUUUAUCAUUACCAGUUCAAGAUCCAGUUCGUCAAUCAAAUCGAGAAACCAGUAGAGCCUACUUUUACCAUGUCGCUGCUGGGAACAAAAGAAGAAAUAAAGAAAAUCCCCAUCACCCUGGGCGAAGGAAUUACCAGCAAUAAAACCUAUUCCUUCCUUAUCACAUUGGACAAAGACAUCGGCGAGUUGUUCAUGCUCAAGUUCAAGUGGGAAAACAGCGCAGUGUGGGCCAAUGUCUGGAACAGAGUACAGACCAUCAUGCUAUGGGGCAUAGAACCUCACCACCCGGGCCUCAUUCUGAAGACCAUCUGGGUCAAAGCUGGAGAGACGCAGCAAAGAAUGACAUUUUGCCCUGAAAAUAUGGAAGAUCUUCAGCUUCAUCCCACCCAGGAGAAAGUCUUUGUGAAAUGUGACGUGGAGUCGAAAAGAUUGAAGAGAAAGAAUAGCUGAGCCAAGAGACCCAUACAAGAAAUAAAUAA